AUGACCACAAACACCUCCCUACCACCCAUCCCCAUCCCAGAGGGAAUGACAAGCCGCUACAUCCAAACAAGCGACCUAAACUUCCACAUCCUAGAAGCAGGACGACCGCAAACUGGCACCCCACAAAAGCCGCUAAUAAUACUCCUUCACGGUUUCCCAGAAAUCGCCUACUCCUGGCGCCGCGUACUCCCAAAGCUCGCCGAAGCAGGCUACCACGCCGUAGCUCCCGACCAGCGCGGCUUCGGACGUACAACAGGCUGGGACACCAGCAGCUACGAGGACGUCGAUCUCGCAACUUUCUCGUUGUCCAGUCUGGUGCGGGAUAUUGUGAUGCUCGUGCAUGCGCUCGGCUAUCGCUCCGUGCAGUGCGUUGCGGGACAUGAUUGUGGUGCGAUGUCGGCCGCUAUGUGUGCGCUUAUGAGGCCUGACUUCUUUCGUUCCGUUGUGCUUAUGAGUCAUCCUUUUAAUGGGAGUCCUGAGUUGCCGUUUGAUACUGCCAGUGUCAAUGCUGAUGCUGGUCAGAGUAUUGAAGCCAGAGGAGGUGGUGCUGGUGGUGCGGAGAGCUCUGCUGCAGCGGCGGGAAUUCAUGAAGCUUUGGCGCAAUUGGGACGCAAGCAUUAUAAGUGGUAUUAUUCGACUGCACGGGCUGGUCCUGAGAUGUCCAAUCUAGAGCCUGAGGAGAUGCAUCGCUUUUUGCGCGGGUAUUUCCAUUUGAAGAGUGGUUCUUGGCCAGGGAAUCGGCCUCAUCCGUUGGGGAAGUGGUCGGCGGAGGAUUUGGUGAAGCUGCCUGGUUACUAUAUUAUGCCCUUAGAUAAGUCUAUGCCUGCAACGGUGGCUAUUGAUAUGUCUGAGGAGUCGUCAAAGGGUCAGUCUUCGCAUUCGUGGCUGCCGGAUGAUGAGCUUGCUGUUUAUGCGGCUGAGUAUGGACGCACUGGAUUCCAGGGUGGAUUGAACUGGUAUCGUGUGCGCACGGCUGCUGGCGGUCGAUACACUAAGGACUUUGAGGUCUUUGCUGGGAAGAAGCUCGAGCCACCAUGUGCUUUCGUCUCUGGGAAGCUGGACUGGGGUAAUUACCAGGAGCCUGGUGCCAUUGAGAAAAUGAAAAACGGCGUGUCCUGUGCGGAUCUUCGUAUCCUUCGGUUUCUAGAUGGGGUUGGACACUGGACACCCCAGGAAGGCUCGGAAGAGGUAGCACGGACGAUUGUCGAGCUGGCUGGAGGUCUGCAGUAG